AUGGUUACAACAAAACAUUGCUGCCAUGGAAAUUGUAAGAGUGACUCUCGAUACAGUGACCGGGACUACAUGAAAAAUGUUAUUUUUCUUCGAUUUCCGAAGCCACACCGGAACCUAGACAAAUGCAAGACGUGGGUUCAUGCUUGUGGACGACAAGAUUUCUCAGUGGAAAGUAUUAAGAAAGAUACAUACAUAUGCAGCAAACAUUUUGUUUCAGAAAAUGGGCCUUCCGAUGAGCACCCUGAUCCUAUACCGGCGACAUACAAUGGGGAGCAGAUUCAGCGUUUUUCUAGAAAAAGAAAACCUCCAAAACCAAUGGAUGUUUCAAGUGCAGCAAGUGGUCUACUGCUUCUUGCUACAGACACUAUGACAGAACCACAUACUACUGAAGCGAUUUGUAAUGGGACCCCAGUCAGUGAUUUAGCUGUAUCAACCACCCAACCUGCCAAUGGUCAGUGCACUCCAGAUUCGAGUAAGGACAAUAAAAUAGAGACAGUUGAUAAAGGUGUUCAAACAGACUUCAAGAGCCAGGAGAUUGACUUGCUCAUCCGUUUGCGAGUUGAAAACACAGUCCUCAAAAAUGAGUUAACACUACUGAAAAAUUCUGAUCACAUUUCCCCAACUUCAGUGGAAAAACGUUAUUUCAGU